AUGGCACAAGCCUCGUCGACGGAGGCUCCAGCACUAACUCCUCAAUUCUGUUUCGAUGAGAGGAUGCUUCGAGGCUUUGACCCGUCCUCCACCGCUUCACGGCAAACGGGCUCUCGGGCCCAGAAAGCAAUAGACCCCACCGCAUGCCAGUCAUUCAAAAACAAUGUACUAUUCCCCUCAUGGCAAACCCGAUCCGACGUUCUCAACUACUGUGCUGGGGUCGCCACGAGUCCCGAUCCAGACGAUCCGGAUUUGAUCCUUCGACAGACUGAAUCCGCCAAGGACCGCGAGCGAGUCGUGGAUGAACGGCUGGAUCCAUACUCAGCUCGUUUCUUUCCUCGGGAGGCCAGGACGGAGUCUCUAGCGAACCUGGUGCGCAACCAGCGCACCGUUGAGGAAAUCAUUCGAGCAAGAACGUGGGGUUUGGUGACUGAGCGAUGCAGUGACUCCUCUGCGACGUGGCAGGAAGCUUUUGAUACCUGGCGCAAGAAUCACCGGCGAUGA